UAGUGUGCGUUUGUUGUCUGCUAUGACAAUAUUUUGGCAAUGAUAGACUCGUGAAGAGCUGAGUGGAUAUCCAAAACGCCGAUAAGCACCUUUCUGUGUCUGUGGUCUCUCUCUCUCACCCUCUGCAUAUGUGUGCGCGCGCGCUUGUGUGGUGUGCAUAUAGGUAAAAAGCUGCUCCGCCACUGCGCAACGAUGGAGCUAUCGCAACGAUGGAGAUGACGCAAACAGACUCAGCUCUCCGAAAAAGUGUUUCAAGACGAACAUGGCGGCAACUUAACCGCGGUCCAAGAUGACAAUGGCCAACAGGAGAAAGGAUUCGAUGCUUUACGCCCAGGUACGGGACAGAGAAACCAGCCUGCCUGCAUCAAAGGGGCUCAUUGCUCUCCUUUAAGUGAAUCUGCAAACAGAACGGCAGCAGACGCGCAGCAUCAGUACCGAGAGGCUCGCAACAGCUGGUCUCCCUGCGCCCCUGACGAGACAAACCCGGAGAGGGACGGUAAGGAGAGAGGGGCAUGCGGUCAAAGAGGACGCCGUUUCCCCCCGGAGAGCCAUGGAGAACCGGGAUGCGGCAGCGCGAACCUUAAUCUGUGCGGGCACGCUAAUUGGAUCGGAAUAGCACCGAUUGCUGCGGGCGCGAUAGUGGAGCGCCCUGGACCGGCGGAGGCACGGCACCCCAGCGUUACAGAGGAGAACCAACCGGAGUCCAUCUCCCAAAAAGUCAAUGAGUAUUGUGGCAGAGCAGCCCCCGCGGUGGAGUCGGCCAGGGCAGCACUUUCCUAAAAUAUGACCAGGGGUGCUUGGAUGCGUCGGCAGCAUGACGAAGGCUUAAAAUACUGGUUUGCACCCCGAGAGAACGAGAAGCCAUUUACCGAGUCGGAGCGGGCCCAGAGAUGGCGACUGUCGCUGGCCUCUCUGCUGUUCAUCACCGUCCUACUCUCUGAUCACUUGUGGUUCUGCGCCGAGGCAAAACUGACGCGAACCCGAGACAAGCGGUCGAACGAGGGGCUUGCAAUUACGGACAUGGGCGAGUACCCAAACUCCCUCCACCAACACCAUAUCCCAACAUCACCUGACCCCCACCAUCUCGCCAGAGAGCAAGAUGUUAUUUUUCUAGGGAAUUCUACAAAACCUCUGUGGCGAAUGGACACCUGUCACCCAGACAGCCUGUCCAAAGACUGCUUUACUUUCACGGACGCGGAGACCGUGUGCCUGGGCCUCUCUGGUGGAGGGGAAGAGGGGACACAGUUGGCGUACGUGAAUCUGAGCGAUUUGUACCUUUCUUUUUGUAAUUCCUACUCACUUUUGGAUUUGUUUUACGGGUUUACUAGUCCGGACGAUAUGAAUUGCACCCUGGAUAUGGCCAUGGGGGUGGAUCAGCUGGGAUGCAGUGAGUGUGUUCGGGCUUAUCAGCUUCUCGACCAGCAGGCGGAGGAGAACUACCACGAGUUUGAGCUGCUGGUUCAGAAAUAUGAGACGGAUGCAUACUCGGUUAGGACGUGCAUGGAGGAGUGCAAGAUGGUUUAUAAGCCCUGGCUGUGUUCUCAGUACUUCCAGACCACCCAGAUGCACUGCAGCAAGCGAAUCCCCUGUGGUCAGUACUGCCUGGAGGUGCAACAGCGGUGCCCCUUUGUCCUGCCCGACAAUGAUGAUCUCAUUCACGGAGGCAGCCCCAGUUUUAUAUGCACAGGGCUGCUGGAGGACUAUCCGUCAGGUGUGGACCCAGAUGCAGAGUGCUGUGACGUGCGGUGGGACUUGAAAGUGGACAACCGUUCCCGGGGGACCCUGAAAAGAACUCACCCGCCAUGCCAGCACCGUACCUCCCUCAGCUCCUCGGCAGCCUGCAGACUGUGUAACAGCCGGCUCAAACUCUGCCUGCUGGUCCUUGUCCUCCUACACACUGUUGCCAGCCUCACUGCAUCCCACAAUGCAACGGGGCUGGGCCUCCCCACCAUCACGCCUCUGGAGGAGAGCCCUGCCAACGAGGAGUGAUAGAGAGCUGCCAGGAGGAGGAGGAGGCGAGGUUGUUGGGGUGGGGGAUUCCCUCACCAUGGCAACCGCUAUGGAAAAAUACAGCCACAGUUGAGCGAACGGCUGGAGCUGUGCGCCUGUGGACAUUCUGCAACACUUUCUGGCAAACUGGGAAAUGUGGGAGGAGGCUUUGCGAUGAAAGACACACGAAUCAAUCAAAACAAAUAAAUAACUAAACAAACAGACAUGCUAAGGGAUUCAGUCCCUUGGGUAGGAAAAGGGGACAAUGCCACAGCCUUUGUUGAGAGGGAAGGUCAGCUUCCUUACGGCUGAGUUUCUCUCACUACGCUUUUUUACACUGUGUUCCAAUUAUUGGUUUCUGUUGCACUGGCUGACUAUGGAAUAACACAAUCAUAUUCUCUUUCUAAUGUUCAUCCUUUGUCUUUGUUUCUGGGUCUCUCAUACAGGAGGAAAAUGUGUGCUCUAAAUAAGACAGAUAACGUGUAAAAAAAAAAAAUUUAAUUAGCUGCAAGUUUGUAUGCGUGCGUGCGUGUGCGUGUGCGUGCGUGCGAUGGUUUGUUUUCUAGAUUUACCGCGUGUGUGAAGGCACGUGUGGCCUCGUGUGCGUGUGUGUGUGUGCCUGUCCGUAUGUGUGCGUGUGUGAGGAGCGAUGAGUGCGUUGCUGAGAGGUAUCCUAAAAGUCUACCUAACAGGCUGGUGCAGCUGUUGAUUUUACGGAGGCCCCCUCAGAUCCGACUUGGCUCCACCGUGCUGAUUUGCCCUGCUGACACCUCGCUGGGCUUCAGACACUAAAACUCUGCGUUUGACAGAGGUCUACGGCUUCGCUUUGUUUUGUGAGAUAAUAUUCACCUAUUUACGCUGUAUGCAAGGAUCAAAACGUGUGUAAUUAGCAGCAGUGACGACUCUCACAUGGCUCAACUGUGGAUAAAAUGAAGGUAACAAACAUGCACUUAUUAUUAUUAUUAUUACAACUUGGACCUUUGACCAUUUAACCGUGAGUCUUAUUUAUAAGCCAUAUAACCAUGACAACAACUGACAACACUGACACAAUUAAAUGGAGUUGGAAACACAAGCAAUCAGUUUACACAAUCCCAAGAACAUGCAAACUAUUUCAGAAGAUAAAAUUAUAAAACUAAUUGGAGAAAACAUAGUCUUCCUCACCCAAUGCUACUGAAGCAACACAGGCAUAUUUCUGAGAUGUCAGCAGUUGUGUUUGUUGACAUGUGCCAUGAACUGUGCUUAUAGUCUUAUAGUCUCUAUAAUCUCUAUUUGUCCUUACCAUCGACCAAUUUCUUUUUUUAAAAUCUAAACCUUCUCCUACACAGAAAGUUUGUUCUUUUAUUAUUAGUGACACCUCCUAGUUUGUUUUUUUACCGCAUGCUUUUUUACCAUUAGCUCCGCUUUACCCCAGGCUGCUGUAUCGAUCCAGUACAUGCAACCUCUUGUUUAGAAAGUCCCCUUUAAGUCUGAUGCUGUCAUGACUAAUAGAAGUGAUGUUUAAAACUUCAACAAUAAAAUCCAAGUUGUAAUAAGUCAGAGUGGUCGUUGAGCCUUCAUGCUAACAUGAAACAAUUUAUAGGGCUGAGCCUCGUGAACAAAAUAAUUUCACCUCAAUAAUAACUGAGAAUUAAUCAUUAAAUAAAACGAUUCUUGAGAUCCUCUGACAAAUAUUCAACAGGGCUUGGAGAUAAACUACCAGAAAUCUCUUACUAAACAUUCAGACAAUUUUAGUUCGGCAUCUUUUUCCUGAUUCUGUCAGAUUUUUCAUCAGUGCACACACAAGUUUAACAAAAGAAGAAGAAGAAAAAAAGCCCAGAUAGGAUGAUCUUAUCUCACCAAACAAAACUGUCUUAAACUUGUUUUAUCCAAGGAUUUUAUUUCGGGCAUUUGACUAAAACUCAAUUCAGAUUCUGGUUACUAAAGCUAUCGGGUCAAUAUAUUUAUCGCUGUAGCUCCAGAAGCUCUCGGUUUAGAUUUUAAAGGUACUAUCCAGUCAAACAAGCGUCAAACAGUGGCCACAGAAGGUUUCUCUGCCUCCUCUGCCUCAAGCUUCGGCUUUCCUCCUCCUCAUCUUGACGUGAGUUAAUGGCAUAGUGCGACUACGGGAUGAGUAAUAAAUUCCUUUGAUCAAUACUUCAAACUAAAACUCGAUUUAGCUGCUGACCUGGAACAAUAUGACUGGUGGGAUUUCAACCUCAGGCCUUUUUAUUCAGAGGAAACAUCGCGACUGGAUGUUACCUUUAACGACUGUUCACAAAACACUGUAACUGUCAAGCAGCUGUAAAGAGGACAGAAUGUCAGCGUCUCACUGGGAGGGGUAGCUCGCUGCCCGCAGGUUUAUGACAUUAUAACCCUGCCCCUUGGCCCAUUGCACUGAGCUGGUCUCAUAUAUUGAACAACAUUCUGCAUCUCACAACACGAACGCAGAGACGAUUCGGUUAAAAGUUUGUUUCUGUUGAACCAAAAAGCAUAGUACACGAGCUGCAUGUGGAGGCUCCGCAAGGCUACGACCGCCUUUUCUGUUGAUUGUCCUCAGCUUCUCUCCCUGUACGCAUCUGACCCCAAAUCAGCUCCUGUAGCAUGCCCACGUCUUGUACCUUUCUCCUCAAAACAUCAAACUAAUGUCUCAUUAAGUAAAGGGCUUAUUAAAAUAUACAGUACAAACAUUGUCAUCAACACAUUCAGAAACAUCCAAAUUGUUAGCAGAUAAAGGGUAAAUACGACUUCAGUACAAAAAGCAUCCCCACUGGCUGUUACCGGAGAGCGGGAACAGAAACGCAUCCGGAGAGAGGAGCAUGUCGCUGUUUGCGUGCGCGCCAAAAGCGUCGCCCGACAAUCGUCGGCUGAUGCGUUUGGGUGUGUUUUAUAAAUGUUGACCGGCGUGCGAACAGGAAGGAACGGUGUGACCUUAAGGGCUGACUUCUUUAGUUUCUGGUUUUCUUCUUGACGGCUGCGAGAGGAGACGAACGGAUGUCGCUGGAUGCAUUGUUUUAUUUUAUUUAUUUAUUUAUUUUUUCCCACUCUCCAGUAUGUUUGUUACUUAUAUGAGAUGUCCAAUCCAAUAUCUGAUGUCAAGAAUUUUAUGAUACAACCUAUGAUAUAUGAGGAUUUAAAUUUCAUCAUUAUUCACAUCAUGUUUAUAUAUAAUGAAAAGUGUAUCGGCUUAUUUUGACACUUGCUGUUUAGACCCUGACCCUACACUUCACCAUUCCUGCUCGCAUGAUAUACAUUGACUGCUCUUUCGUCACAGCACACCCAUACCCAUGUUGGAUGUCCGCGUUUGGAGGUAGAAAAAACAAUGCUGCUAUACCAAUGCCCACCAGUAGAUGGAAAUAUAUUUAUUCUUUUACACUGAUGCUGCUGCUGAAGGCUCACCACACAAGGACUGUCAGAUAAAUAUGAAUUAGUUAGUGACUAUCCACUGCUCGGGUAGACGUGCGCUGUUGCAUGUGUGUACAUCCGCUUACGUGCAUAUGCAUAGAUUUGUGUUCUCUGUAGAACUCAUUGACUUUGCCACAUCGCUGGGGCUGCAGGACGGACGUGGCGAAAAAUCGCCGUUGUCUUCAGAUGCACGGGGGACCCGCUUCAUUAGCCGCCUCGUUAUUCGAUGCAUCCCUGCAGCUGCAUGGAUUUAGUAUAAAAACCGCUUGUCUUGAACUGUGUGUAAUAACAUUGCUCCAAGACCCCAAACUAGUCUUAACAUUACAGAGGUAGAAGAUGUCAGAGGCAGUAAAGAGAUGAAGCCACAGCGAUCUGAAGUGUAAUUGAUGCAUACUGAGUAUAACAGACCAAAUUCAAAUCUGAACUUUCCAUAAACAGUCACAAAAGGCAAACAGAGGAAUACAGGGUCUGCCAGGUGUUGAAGAGAUGUCCCAUGUUAGCAAUAGUACGGAUCGCACAAGCCACCGCACCACAAGCACACGUGAGAGGUCUCAUAUACGUGAUUUUCAUUCUGCCCGUCAUGUCAGCGGCCCCCGCUGCGACGUCACAGCCGCCGGCUGCUGGACAUGCAUUCACACAGCAAACCUGCAUUCGGAAGUCAUGCGGAGCACUUGUUCGCUUCACGCUCAGUGAGGCGCCCUCACUGCGGUUGCAUGGGUUCGAAUGCUGUGCAUUGUCAAUGUGUUGUCAGUCCCAACCCACCCCCCUCCCCCUCCCACACACACGUUUGCGCCAAGAAUUUCUGUGUGCAAAGUUUCUUCCAGAAAACAGUAGAAUUAGAUUCAGCUGAUCUCUUAUUUGUUUCGUAAUGCAGGCAUGCACGCAACGGUUACUCUGUGAUAACUUAAUUUUAUUUUUGUAUGUUUUAUCUAUUUUUUAACUGCAUUAUACGGAGAAGAACUUGUUUAGGGUCUUAUAGAUUCAGUCUAGAUCCCCGACAGUGGUCUGUAGCACUCUUAGCGGUAUGAUACGUCCCAUUCCAUCUAACACCAACCUACAAAGAGUAAAUUUUGUGUUUUGCCCCUGCACACGUAGACUAUGUAUGCCUCUCCGUACCCCUUUGUGCACCCAUCACAAGUUAUGUACACGAAAAUCGCCCUCCUUCACUAUUUCUAAGCCUGUCUCCGUUUUCACAAUAGUUCCGUUCCCUAUCCUGUGGAUCUAUGCAGAAGCCCAUUCCUUUUUUUGGUUGUAAAUACGUUCCCUAGUAUGCUGAACAAUGUAUGUCUCUCCUUGUGUAUUUUGAGUUGAUGUCACGCUGUUACUUUCCUCUUCCUCUCCUUCUUCUUCUUCUCCUUCUUCUUCUUCUACUCCUUUUAUUUUGAUUUGAGCGUCUGAAAUCAUUGAUGUUAAAAGAGAAUGUGGUGAGGUUUAACCAAUAGACUUGUCCUCAGCUUCACAACCUUACUGUGAGAGGUUGUGGUUCUGUGUAUGUGAAAGCGACAGACUUACGAUUAUAGGAAUGAAAAAGGUUCAAAAGGCAUAUAGAAGUAUCAUUGCGAUUAUGAUUAUUAUGAUUACUAUUAUACUACCAGUAUAUUGUAAUAUUAUAGAUGCUUUAGUUCGAGUAACUUCUUUAAUUUUUUUACAAACAACUUUGAUGAAAUGAUUUAUAAAACAGUCUCACGAGUCAUGAUCUUUUCGAGAAGUAUGAAAACUACUGCUACAAUGAUUAAAAUUGUGUUCUGAUGAAAAUAAAUACAGACAUAUAAUCUG